UCUCUCUCCGGCUGGUACAAUACUAAGCAGAGAGACGAAGAAGAAGAAGAAGAAGAAAGAUCCCUAUUUUUUCCUUUUUGGUUUACUUAAGGUUGUACCAAAAUCAAACAUCAUCAAAACCUACAUUUUCUCCCUCCUAAGAUUUCCAUCAAUCUAACCGUCUCAUCAGCUUCUCCCUGAUACUAAGGUACUUAUUUGGAAUAAUUUGCAAUGGUUUUUACUCAUGUAACUGGUCUGAAAUUGCUGCCUUUUUCCUAAUCUUUCCGAUCUAAAAUUGGUAAUGGAACUGUUUUGAAGACAAACAAGAGUUGAAUUCUGAAAGGGCAAAAAGAAAAUAGAAAGAUCAAAAUUAAGCAGCAACUGUUCAAAAAGAAGGAAGAAAGUAAAAAGGGGGAUGUUUGGGAAUAGCUAUUUGAUUGGGGUAGAAUGCUAUUAAUGCCAAAAUUUGGUUUUUGAGGUUCUAGAAUGUCAUGACUUCUGAUAUGCAACCAGUGAUGUCCCAAAGCAUGAGAUCGAGCCGGUCUUCAUUUGGCUCCAGCAAUGGAUUUGAAACCCCUUCUCACCACUCCUUUGGUGCCUCCAAUGGGGAUGAGUAUGACAGUGAUGGUUCUAAUUUUGCACCACCUACCCCAACAGCUCUGUCUGCAGCUCUUCCACCUGAACUGUCUGCUGCUAUACCCUUGAUUGACAAAUUCCAAGUCGAAGUGUUUUUGAGAGCAAUGAACAAGCAGAUUCAGUCUGCUGGAAAGCGAAGUUUCUUUUCUAAAAGAUCAGCGGGGUCUCAAGUUCGAGAAAAGUUCACAUUUGAGGACAUGCUCUGCUUUCAGAAGGAUCCUAUUCCGACCUCACUGCUGAGAAUAAAUGGUGAUAUGGUCAGUAGGGCAACUAAGUUGUUCCAGAUUAUAUUGAAGUAUAUGGGAGUUGAUUCUUCAGAUCGAGUGACUCCAGUAAGUUUAGAUGAACGAAUUGAAUUUGUUGGUAAACUAUAUAAGCAGGCUUUGAAGCGUUCUGAGCUUCGAGAUGAACUUUUUGCACAAAUUUCGAAGCAGACUAGGAAUACUCCAGACAGGCAAUGUCUGAUUAAAGCGUGGGAGCUGAUGUACUUGUGCGCAUCCUGCAUGCCUCCCAGCAAAGAAAUUGGUGCAUAUUUGUCUGAAUGUAUCCACAAUGUGGCGCAUGGAGUAACUUCUGAUUCUGAAGUUCAAGCCCUAGCAUUGAACACAUUAAAUGCAUUAAAGCGUUCUGUUAAGGCUGGGGCUAGGCACAUAAUACCUGGUCGGGAAGAGAUUGAAGCUCUUUUGACUGGUAAAAAGCUAACGACCAUAGUAUUUUUUCUGGAUGAAACUUUUGAAGAGAUCACAUAUGACAUGGGGACAACUGUAGCUGACGCUGUUGAGGAGCUUGCUGCAAUCAUUAAAUUGACAUCGUAUUCUAGCUUCAACCUGUUUGAGUGCCGUAAAGUUGUCACUGGUUCUAAAUCUCCAGAUCCUGGAAAUGAGGAAUAUAUUGGUUUGGAUGACAACAAAUAUAUUGGUGACUUAUUGGCGGACUUUAAGGCAUCGAAGGAUCGGAGCAAAGGAGAGAUCUUGCACUGCAAACUGACAUUUAAGAAGAAGUUAUUUCGUGAGUCAGAUGAAGCUGUUACAGACCCUAUGUUCAUGCAGUUAUCCUAUGUUCAACUACAACAUGAUUAUAUAUUAGGCAAUUAUCCUGUUGGAAGGGAUGAUGCUGCACAGCUGUGUGCACUGCAGAUUUUGGUUGAGGUUGGAUAUCUUGAUAGCCCUGAAUCAUGCACUGACUGGACAUCACUUCUUGAACGAUUUUUACCAAGACAAAUAGCAAUAACUCGAGCAAAAAGAGAUUGGGAGUUGGAUGUCCUUGCUCGUUACCGGACAAUGCAAAAUUUGACAAAAGAUGAUGCUAGACAACAAUAUUUGCGUAUCUUAAGAACACUUCCUUAUGGUAAUUCGGUGUUCUUUGCGGUUCGAAAGAUUGAUGAUCCAAUUGGUCUUCUACCCGGAAAAAUAAUACUUGGCAUCAAUAAGCGUGGGGUUCACUUUUUCCGUCCAGUUCCAAAAGAGUAUUUGCAUUCAGCUGAGUUGAGAGAUAUCAUGCAAUUUGGAAGCAGCAACACUGCUGUAUUUUUUAAGAUGAGAGUUGCUGGUGUUUUGCAUAUAUUUCAGUUUGAGACUAGGCAGGGAGAGGAAAUAUGUGUUGCUCUUCAAACACAUAUAAAUGAUGUCAUGCUACGCCGAUACUCUAAAGCACGGUCUACUGCGAAUGGUUCACUUAAUGGAGAUCUUUCAUCUAAUAAUCAGAAACCUCCAACUCCAGAUGUUAAUGAAAAACGUGUUCAAGACUUGUCUAGAGCUCUUGAAGAAUCGCAAAAGAAAGCUAAUCAAUUGCUUGAAGAUUUACAUGAACAGAAGAAACAAGAAUUGGCAAUGCAAGAAGAAUUGGAGAAUUUGAAAACAAUCUCAAGAUCUGAGAAGCAAAAUUUGGCAGACAUUGUCAGUGAUCGUGAUAAGCUGAGAUUGUUAUGUGAUGAAAAAGAUUCGGCUCUCCAGGCUGCAUUAAUGGAGAAAAGGAGUAUAGAGAUGAAACUUGCGAAGUUAAGUUCUCAAGGAUUGGAGAAUAAUAUCAGAAAGGAAUUGGUUGAAGCGAAUAACCAGAUCUUGAACAAGAUCCAAGAUGAAUUAAAAGCACGAAAUUUGGAAUUGCAUGUGGCUGAAGAGAGUAAGAGGAAACUUCUUAGUGAAAAGGUUUUGUUGGAGGAGAGAAUUUCAAGACUUGAAAAGAAGAAAAUUGAUGAGGUUGAAACUCUACAGAGAAACACUGAACAAGAGCUCAAAGCUUUGAGGCUUAGAGUGUCCGAACUUGAAAAGAAGUUAGAAGUGGUCACUGAGAAAUUGACAAUUGCACAGACAGCUCUAUCAACUAAAGAUGCUGAAUUGACAGCAUUGCAAAAUAAUCUCAAGGAAUUGGAGGAACUGAGAGAAUUAAAGGAGGAUAUUGAUAGAAAGAAUGAGCAAACUGCUGCAAUAUUAAAGAUGCAAGGUGCCCAAUUAGCUGAGAUGGAGGCGCUAUACAAAGAAGAACAAGUUUUAAGGAAACGUUACUUUAACAUGAUAGAAGAUAUGAAAGGCAAGAUAAGAGUUUAUUGCAGAUUAAGACCUCUAACUGAGAAAGAAGUUUCUUUGAAGGAAAGAAAUGUUCUUUUGAGUGUUGAUGAGUUCACAGUUGAACAUUUGUGGAAGGAAGAAACUAAACAACAUAUGUACGAUCGUGUCUUUGAUGGCUUAGCUACUCAAGAUGAUGUGUUUGAGGAUACCAAGUAUUUGGUGCAAUCUGCUGUUGAUGGAUAUAAUGUUUGCAUCUUUGCUUACGGACAAACUGGUUCUGGAAAGACAUAUACAAUCUAUGGAUCUGACUGCAAUCCAGGUCUCACUCCUCGUGCAAUAUGUGAACUCUUCAAAAUUAUGAAGCGGGAAAGCAAUAAGUUCUCAUUUUCCCUUAAGGGAUACAUGGUGGAGUUAUACCAAGAUACACUUAUAGAUCUUUUGCUGCCAAAGCAAGCAAAGCGCCUAAAGCUAGAUAUUAAAAAGGAUUCAAAGGGUAUGGUCUCUGUGGAAAAUGUGACAAUUGUAUCAAUUUCAACAUAUGAUGAGCUUAAAAGUAUCAUUGAAAGGGGAUCUGAACAACGCCAUACAACUGAGACUUUGAUGAACGAACAGAGUUCAAGAUCUCACCUUAUUCUUUCAGUUGUGAUUGAGAGUACCAACCUACAGACCCAGUCUGUUGCCAGAGGAAAGCUGAGUUUUGUUGAUCUUGCUGGUUCUGAGAGGGUUAAGAAAUCAGGCUCUUCCGGAAGUCAACUAAAGGAAGCUCAGAGCAUUAACAAGUCACUCUCAGCACUUGGAGAUGUCAUUAGCGCCCUGUCCUCUGGUGGCCAACACAUCCCCUACAGGAAUCACAAGCUAACGAUGUUGAUGAGUGACUCACUAGGUGGUAAUGCUAAAACAUUGAUGUUUGUAAACAUUUCACCAGCUGAAUCAAACUUGGAUGAGACAUACAAUUCUCUUGUUUAUGCGUCGAGAGUUCGGUCCAUCAUAAAUGAUCCGAGUAAAAAUGUAUCAUCUAAGGAGGUGGCUCGUUUAAAGAAGCUUGUGGCAUAUUGGAAGGAACAGGCAGGUCGAAAGGGGGAGGAUGAGGAUCUGGAAGAGAUCCAAGAAGAAAGAUUCACAAAGGAGAGGCCUGAUGGUCGUCACUCCAUGUGAACUGAGUGGUUUUUGCCAACAUUGACAAUUUUUUCCGCAAGAAUGGGAGGCGAUCAGUGUUAAAACUACAGCAGUAAUAUUUAACUGUAUUCCGUAGCAGCAAAAUGUUUUCUGGUGUUGCUGCUUUAUGCAGUUGCUGGAUUACAUGUCCUGAAAUUUUUGUUGUAGCAUGAUGUUCACCGAGUUUAUUAGGUCUUAGAUCAGCAUUGUACAGUGAAAGUUGUGUAUAUUUGAGCUAACUAAUUACUACUGGAUCCAUAUUAAUGAAUUUGAAUCAUUUUUUGCCAA